AUGCGCCAAACAGUAGUCAGGCUUGCCAAGAGCUACACCCCUAUGAUCAAAUUUGUGGGUGCGAGACACCCGGUAGUUCAGCACACUGGUGGUGCUGGAGCCCACGCCUGUGCGUUGGAUGGUAUUGCACCCGGGUCCUCGCAGUGUUUACCCGCUGCAGAAUACCUCAGCAAGCUAAAACCAUUUGAAGUUGUCUCUUACAAGGUUAAGAAUACUCCGAAAAAGGGUGUCAGUGAAACUGACAAACGCCGUCUUACGUUUACGGAUAGGGCGCUACAUGAAAACGAAGUCGCAUCGGUUUUGGAUUUGCCUAAGAGAUUUAGAGUGCGGCCUCUCGAGGACCCAGAGAUCGAUGUUAUCAAUGCAGGUGGUGCUCGUUGA